AAAAUUAAAUGUGUAUUUGAGAAUAGAAUCGUCGUGAUUUGCCAAAUAGAAAACUGAUUUUUUCACAAAGAUGUCAAGUUCAAACGUAGCUAACAAACGUGAACUUACAUUAAUUAUCUUGAAACCUGACGCAGUACAGCGUGGAUUGAUUGGAAAAAUUAUUCAACGUUUCGAGCAAAAAGGCUUAAAAUUAUUGGCUUUGAAAUUAAUGAUGGCAAAUGAAGAAUUAUUGAAAGAACAUUACAUAGAACAUGCCAAUCGGCACUUCUUCAAUCCAUUGUUAAAGUUCAUGAGCUCUGGCCCAGUGGUACCAAUGGUUUGGGAAGGAUUAAAUGCUGUAAAAAUUGCACCCAAGGGAAAAUCCGACCCAAGCUUGUCAGCGCCAGGAACAAUUCGCGGGGAUCUUAGUGUCGAUAUUGAACGAAAUCUUAUCCUCGGUUCGGAUUCAGUGGAAGCAGCGUUACGUGAAAUCGACCUCUGGUUUAAAAAAGAAGAGAUGAUCAAAUGGUCACAAAAUUCAAAUGAUAUUUUAUAAUAAAUAUUCAGACAUUCUUAUGAAGUAUUCAAUAUUCCGAUUAUUUUAAGCUAGACAACUCGUUUUAGUAAAUGCCGCAUUGUUGAUAAGUGGAUAUGGAAUCAAAAGAAGUAGGAGUGAAAUGUACUCAGUGUUGAUAACAAAAUUAUUUGGAAAUUAAGAUUACCUGAACUAGUAUGUUUAAUUGAGGUAAUCGUAAAAGUCAGUCUAUGACCAAAUUCUAUAUUUAUAUCUACAAGGACGUUAUUUUUUUUAACAAAGUUUCGACGAUUGACAAAACUAAACAUAUUUAUUGUACUAACA